AUGCUGGCAGCCUCCAUCCUCCGUGGGACCCUGCUGCUCUGCUGGCUUGCCUCACCCCUGCCCGUCCGGGCUGAGCCGCUUUUCCACAGCCGGGACCGCUCGGACCUGGAGCCGUCCCCGCAGCGCCGGGCCCAGCCCAUCGCCGACCUCCUCGCUGCGCAGGUAGGAGGAGCCCCGGCGCCAGCCCCACGCACGUGCACACGGGCGCCGUGCACAGGUGAACCCGUGCACACGCUGGCAGGACGGCACCUGGGCUGUCCCCGGGUUUUUGAUGGCAGCGGGCAGGAGUUUGCGCACGCCUGGCGCCUGGGCGACAUCCACUUUGACGACGAUGAGCACUUCACGCCUCCCACCAGCGAGGCGGGCAUCAGCCUUCUCAAAGUGGCCGUCCACGAGAUUGGCCACGUGCUCGGCCUGCCUCACACCUACAGGGCAGGAUCCGUGAUGCGGCCGAAUUACAUGGCCCGGGAACCGGAGUUUGAGCUCGACUGGGCAGACAGGAAAGCGAUUCAGAAGCUGUACGGUUCAUGCAAAGGAUCGUUUGACACCGUGUUUGACUGGAUUCGCAAAGAGAGGAGCCCGCAUGGAGCCGUGGCCGUGAGGUUCAGCACGUACUUCUUCCGCAACGGCUGGUACUGGCUGUACGAGAACCGCAACAACCGGACCCGCUACGGGGACCCGCUGCAGAUCGCCAGCGGCUGGCGCGGGGUCCCGGCGCAAAGCAUAGACGCUUUCGUCCACCUCUGGACGUGGAGGAGGGACGAACGGUAUUUUUUUAAAGGAAAUCAGUACUGGAGAUACGACGGUGACAAGGAUCAGGCCUGCACAGAAGACGAACAGGGGAGAAGCUACCCCAGACGGAUUUCGGAAGGCUUUCCCGGCAUCCCAAGCCCCCUGGACACUGCCUUCUAUGACCGAAGGAAGCAGUUAAUUUACUUCUUCAAAGAGUCCCUCGUGUUCGCAUUUGAUGUCAACAGAAACCAAGUGCUGGCUUCUUACCCGAGGAAGAUUACAGAAGUGUUUCCGGCUGCGGAGCCACACAACCAUCCUUUCAGAAACAUAGACUCAGCCUAUUACUCCUACGCGCACAGCUCCAUUUUCUUGCUCAAAGGCAACGCGUACUGGAAAGUGGUUGGUGACAAGGACAGACGGCAGCGACCCUGGCUUCCUCCCAAUGGCUUAUUUCCAAAGCAGUCCGUCGCAGAGAUGUGGCCUGACAUCUGUGACGUCCAUGCCUCCGCCCUGGACACGAACAGUUAAAAACAAAGAAAAAGAAUCCCGAGGAAUCCGUGUCCUUCCACAACCCGCCGCCCCCGUACGCUGAUCGCAUGGCGGGACGGGCACUCGGCAGCGGCCCGAGGCCCUGGUCACGGAAGGGACCCGGCCCCCCGGGCCCAGAAGCGGGGUUGCCGCCCUUAGGCGUCGGGGACCCGGUGGAAAACGCCCGCGUUUCAGAUUAACCACACUCCACGCUUGCUGUCGUGAUCGUCUGCACUCUUCUCCCGGAUGGUGGACACAAGGUUUCCCCAAACGCUUCUCUCCCUCUUCACGGCCCCAUCCGGGUGCCAAGCUCUACACAUUUCUAGGCGAAGAAACAAGUUCACGGUUGGGUCCCGCCCAGGGUCACCGCAGCGGCUGCUGGCGACCCUCGCCUGCCUCCAGGCCUGGGCCCUGGCACCUUCUCUCCAUCCCUGCACGGAAAUUAGCUGAAAAGCCAGUCGUCUCGGUGACCAGGCCACAGGUAGCAUCGUUCUGCUCAAGGAACAGCCGAAGCUCAAGCACUUUAAGCACUCAUUUGAAAGCAGCAACUUACAAACCAUCGCAGACUUUUAUUCCGUCCCUGUAGGGAGUGUUCGUGUUCUUGCUUCAACAAGAGAAGACCGCCAGAAUUGGGAUCUUCUUGCUCAAAAACAAAUAUCCCUCGACUCAAAGGCUGUUCAGCCGAGGAGAGGCCAGAAGACGAGGCCAGGGCAGCAUCCCUGGCGCCAGCUGACUUCAAAACGAGAUCUUCUUAGUGGAAGCGAGCGGCUGGACGAGUGAAGGGGCGCAGAGGGACAGCCGUCCUGACGGGCUCCCGCUUCACGACUCAGAACUUGAAAUGCCUCAGGGGGUUUGAGAAUGGACCAAACGUGUCCCAAGGAAAUGCAAACCAGAGACGUGGACAAAGGACAGGGCCAGCAACUGUCCUGUCACGCUAUGACAGGGGUCAUCAACUCACAGCCCAGGAAAACACCUGAACAGCUCGGAGCCUGAGAAAGCACUUUGUAAAGAUUCCGCUUGAUUCCAGACAACCGGCAGUUUCCAGUUACAGUGAAGGAAGGGGGAGCAGUGCCUGUCCUUGAUCGGCUGUCCAGCCCGCCGGAGAGCAGCGGCGGCCCUCAGCGCGCCCCAAGCACCCCACCGCAGAGCCCCGCGCGCCCCGGGGGGCGGGGGGCCGCCUUCCGAGCGAUCGAGAAGCACUGUAGACGCGGAAGCUUCUCCAACCCGCCUGAACCACUAGGUGAAGUCCCCUGACCAAAGUAGCAUCAUCUAAAACAGUUCUACCUUAACCCCAUGGAGCCUAUCGGACCUGAAACCUGUUUACGAGCUUAUGUGCGUCACAGCAGCGCGGGGACGCCAGGUCCACACACGUCUCCGAGAAGCCACGCGGGGGGCCUCGGGCCGACUCUGACUUCACUUCAGAUGAAGCGAAGAACGCCCCCACGACACGCCGUCUGGGGAGAGAGCUGUUUCCACUGCUGUGCCUGUUCCAGUGGCCACUUCCCUCCUUUUAAUGACACGAAGCACCGAAUGGACAUGCCAGUCCCGAGGGCAGAAGGCACUGACAGUGUCGCCGUGCACGGAGCCUGAGGCCCGAGUCACUGGCCGCUGCCGCGAGCAAGCUGGUCCAGCAAGUGGACGAGGACGUCGAUUCUCUCCAGGAGAGUGGCGCUCCUGUUGGCGGUGGCUCUCAGGAGCUGGGAGUAAAUCUGCUUGUUGGCUUUGAGCCCCACGUCUUCUUCCGUAUUACUGCUGCGUUAACACAAAAAACGGAAGUUCACGGUCAGGUCCACCGACAACUCAGACCGAAACCCCCACAAUGAAGAGUAAUAAACAGCCCGUCCCCGCUCCCGGGGAAGCAGGUGUCCUGUCACUGCCUGGUCCGUACUUACCUUCUCGCGUCCACUGUUCAAAGGCCUGCUUUUAGGCAUUUACUUCAAUACAAGUCAAUCAAAACCAAGGCUCACUCUCUGGACAAGUAUCCGCGUGCCCGCGUGCGCCAGGGAACCGCUCAUGGCGGGCACCAGGCACACGGAGCAGAGUCCCUGCCCUCGCGGCGCCUGUGCUCCACGGAGGGAGCAGCGGGGAGGAGGCGUGCCCCGAGCAGGACACAGCGGUGAAGAAGCGCCGGCGCAGACAGCCCGGGGCCCGCGGGGCCGCCGGCCUUCCCGCCCCCUCUGCGGCCCGAUGCCCGCACGCCUGC